UUCCUGCAUGCGCACAAAGUAUUAACGCACUUCCGUUUCCGGUGUUCCUGGUUUUCAUACUGUCUACAAACGCCGGUCAAAUUAACAUUUAAUCAUGCUUUCACGCAUUGCCAGACCAACUUCUUGCUUACUAAGCCGGUCCUUUUCGACAACACAACAGAAUAACUCAAAUGUAGCAGUGCUUGGUGCAAGUGGUGGUAUUGGACAACCUUUGUCACUUCUUCUAAAACUCUCACCAUUUGUGACCAGAUUAAAUUUGUAUGAUAUCAACCACACACCAGGUGUUGCAGCGGAUCUCAGUCACAUAUCAACAAAAGCUAAAGUAAAGGGAUUCCUAGGACCAGAACAGCUUGAUGACUGUCUUCAAGGUGCUGAAGUUGUUCUUAUACCUGCUGGUGUGCCAAGAAAACCAGGAAUGACAAGAGAUGACUUGUUCAACACAAAUGCAUCCAUUGUUAGAGAUUUAGUACGAGCUGUAGCUAAAAAUUGUCCCAAAGCAAUGAUCUGUGUAAUAACAAAUCCAGUAAACUCAACUGUUCCUAUUGCCUCUGAAGUAAUGAAACAAGAAGGUGUCUAUGAUCCAAAGAGAAUAUUUGGUGUAACAACUUUGGAUGCUGUCAGAGCCAGUACAUUUAUUGCUGAAGCUAAGGACUUACCGGUGAAAUCUGUCAGUUUGCCAAUCAUUGGAGGUCAUAGCGGUGUAACUAUAGUUCCAUUAAUAUCCCAGUGUACACCCACUGUCUCUUUUCCACAGAAACAACGUGAAGAAUUAUCAUACAGAAUACAGAAUGCUGGAACUGAAGUCGUAGAGGCCAAAGCUGGUGCUGGUUCAGCUACAUUGUCGAUGGCCUAUGCUGCAGCCAAGUUUGCUGAAAACCUAAUGGAGGCAAUGGGUGGAGCUAUAGGAAAGAUUGAAUGUGCAUAUGUUCGUUCAGAUGAAACCGAUGCUACUUACUUUGCCACACCUGUUGAACUUAAUGAAAAUGGAAUCAAAGCUAACCUAGGAAUAGGCACUCUGAUUGAAUAUGAAAAGAAAUUAUUAUCUGAUGCCAUGGAAGAGCUUAAGGGUAACAUCAAGAAAGGUGAAGAUUUUGUAAACGCAAACAAGUAAAAGUGCGACACUAAAACUGUUAAUCGAGACCAUGUAGAUUCUACUCAAUAGUGAAAGAAAACCUGGACUUACAAUUUUUUACAGAUGAUGAAUUUCAACAUUAGUGUAAACAUUUAAGAACAUUUUCUUUUUCUUUAUUUCUUGCACGUUAUUUAUAUAUAUGUCCAUAUAAGUCCUAUGUAAGUGAACAGUUUAUAGAUAGAUAUAGUUUGCACCUAUUUUGAAUGUGUUCACAUUCUUAAUUGACAUUUGUUUCUUUAUCGUUACGUGUGUAGGAAACAUUAACGCAAGUCGGUCUUGUGUUUGACUGUGUAAUCAUUUAUAUUAGGUUUAAAUUGCAGUGUUAAUUUCUAUUUUUCUUUGACAUUUGAUGUGAAUGAGAAAAUACUACGGCAUUUACGAGGGUUUUUUU